AGGGUUGGGGUUGGGCUGUGAUAAGAAAUUUUGGUUAACAGUAACAAGUACAGCUGAUUCACUGAGUUGUGGUUCAAAGGUUGAGGAUGAGGUGGUGCAGUGAAGUUAUCACGGUGUCCGGUGGUACACUUGCUCCUUCCUUCCGCAACAUAAGUGUCGUGCUCCAAUUUCAUAAGCCUCUCUUCAAAUUCAAAUUCAAUGACUCCUUUUCUUCUCUCUCUGUUACCCAUCGUAAGCUGUUGGUGGUGCCCAGUGCACGAGCACGAGCACACCCUUCAAGUUCAUGUGGCGAUUUUGAUUUUGGUUUUGUGGUUGUCAAUUUCUACCAUUUUGUGUUCAUCAAAGACCCACAAGCAGAAGUCGCCAAACACCUAUCUUUCUUGGAGCUGGAGGGUCUCGACAUCAAUGGAAGAGUCUAUUUGAAUGAACAAGGGAUUAAUGCGCAGUAUAGUGGGCCAUCAAAAGAUGCUCUGGCUUAUGUCAACUGGUUAAGAGAGGAUAACAGGUUUUCUGACAUCCUGGUUCAGAUAUCUCCAUCAGAAAAUGGACAUGCCUUUCCAACUUUGAAGUUGCGGUAUAAGCCUUCAUUAGUACAGUUUGAAGGUGGCAUAUCACAUCUUCCUUUGCUUGAUCCUUCAAUGCGGGCAAUACCUUUAACACCUUCAGAAUGGAGAAAUAGAUUGAAAGCAAUCAAUAAAGCUGAUCUUACGUCCAAAGAUUAUCCUAACAGAAAUUACAUUCUAUUGGAUGUGAGAAAUGGUUAUGAGUGGGAUAUUGGACAUUUUCGUGGGGCUCAGCGACCUAAUGUGGACUGCUUUAGGAGCACUUCAUUCGGUCUGUCUCAGGAAGAGAUCACUGUUUCAGAUCCUUUAUCAAAUGUAGAUAAAGAAAAAACAAACAUAUUGAUGUAUUGCACUGGAGGCAUUCGCUGUGACGUAUAUUCUACAAGACUAAGGCUGCAGGGAUUUCAGAAUUUGUAUACCCUGAAGGGAGGUGUUUCUCACUAUUUAAAGAACGAAGGUCCGGCAGAAUGGGUAGGAAAUUUGUUUGUAUUUGACUCCCGUCUGUCUCUCCCUCCUCCUGUUUACUAUCCACAGGCUACAACUGAAGCAGAGACGAUGCCAGUUUCUGGAUAUGAUAAGUUUGCAAAAUGCUACAUAUGUAGUUUGGAAGUCAGUGAAUUGAGACAUAGGAACUGUGCAAAUCUUGACUGUAAUCUGCUUUUCCUAUGCUGCAGAAAAUGUGUAAAGGAUCUAAGAGGAUGUUGUUGUUUGAGUUGCACUACGGCUCCUCGGCUUAGACCUGUUUUAAAUGGAGAUCAGAGAUACAAAAAAUGGCACAUCUACCGUGAUAUGGAUUUGCAAGGCAAGAUGGAAAUUUCAACUUUAACCCCCUCAUUAACUAAAGCAGCAUACCAUCAUAAGUAAUGGGAAAAGCCAUGCUUCUGGUGAGGACUUCCCUGCACUGCUAUCUAUUUUCUCUCAAUUUUUACCUAUUUUCCUGCUAUGCGUUGGCAUGUAAUUGGAAUAGUUCAAGUUAUUAUAACUGUCAAUAAAUUUCCUUGGAUUUGGCUAUUUACUUUUUAUUUACAGGAGGUGAAGUAUUUUGAAUUGAAAAGUAUGCUGUGCAAUGCACCCUUGCCUAUAAGUGUCUAUUUUGACCUGUCGUCACACGCAAUACGUCUUAAUAAACAAAGGCUGUCACAGAAACAUACUGGAAAUAUAACCAUGUAGAGAGUUUGCGAUAUGAAAUUAUAAAAUUUCAUGUAGUGUAUGUUGUGGGAGAAUUUGUUUUUCCUGUGACCUCACUAUGAUUCUAUUCCCCAUGUAAACUUGCGCCUAACUUCGUUAGAAUCUGCCAUCUUAGUUUCCAUUUUAUUUUAAAAUUAUUUCUUGUUUGAUAUUUUAAAU